GCGGCUGUGCUUUCAGUUGCGAAAUAUAAUAAAACACUGGGUUGUAUUUUAGACACAUAAAUACGUUAAACCGCAUGAUUUAAACGAAUAACUUCGCUAAAGAGUAAAUGUAACACAACGAGUUCAACCGACUGAUUUAAUAAAAGUCGAAUAACCGGACGUAAUGGAGGAACCGUGGGAUUUUGAGUUUUUGUCCCGCAUCGCUGACAGCUGCCUGUCGUUCCUCUCGGAAUUUGUUGACGACUGGCUCGCCAACGAUAUGAGGGUCUCUAUAUUCAAAAUCUUACUCGGCUGGUUGAUUUUUAGUCUCAUCGCAAUCCACUUUGCAUGGAAAGUCUAUGGGAAUACAGUGAACGACAUGUAUUAUCGACAGGGGACUGGACAGAACGGAGGCACACCUGAUACAGCACCUCAUCUGAGUGGAUGGGAAAGUAGAGUAGGAGAUAGCCUGAAGACUCAUCGAGAUUGACAGGAAUUGGUCUUGAACUCUGGACAUUAUCCAAAUGAGAGCUGGACCAUUCACCUCUCCCAGAGACACUGAACGCACCCCUCAAGUUUUACUGAUACUAAAGCAUAUUCAGAGCAUUCAAGAUAUGUACACCUUCUGCAGACUGCCCGGAGAACCAUCUGUUAUCAUUUUUCGUGCAUAACAACAGUGACAAACUGAUAUUCAGCUUAAUCAGCUUCAUAGUGUUGUGCUGGAUAUUGUUUUGGAUUUUCAACAAUGGCCAUUGAACAAGCUCUACUCUGCAUAAAUACCUAAGUAAUGUGCAUAAUAUUGCGCAUAAAUAAUGAACCAAUAUCCAUCAAAAUCAGUUCAUUUCUUUCUAUGGUUUUUCUGUGAAAUUUUAACUGCACUUGAGAGACACAAAGUGCCUGUCUAGAGUAUUUAACCCCUUUGAAUUUUUCAUGUUUUAUUCAUUCUUUUCAACAUCAGCUCAGAUGUUGGAACAGAUCUUUGUAAGUCAAUCAAUAUUAGGUACAAGUAAGAAAAAAUGAUGCCUCCCUGGCAGUCCAAAAGGACCGAGAGCUGGUUGAUCAAUUUCUUUGCAAAAACAUCACAAACAUAAAUUGACAUUCUUAAGAGAUCUGUAACAAAGGAAAUAUAUUGAUAUUAACCAGGGUGGUGGAUGUCAUCCUGUGACUGUCACUAAUGCUGUAGAGAAAGGAGACACGGUAUGGACACAUUUUAACCAAGGAAAAACCUUGCAUGAGAUGUAGGCUGUGCUACAAAUUACCAGUAACUAACCAUGAAGCAUGGUGGCACAUUAUGAGAAAGUUUCUGCACAGAAGGUUCGCGUGGCUUUUGAUGGUAGAGGGUGAAAUGAAUGUUGCAAAAUGCAGGGAAAACCUGCUACAGCUGCCAGGUAAAAAUGGUCAUUUUCCAAUUCAUAAAGCUAAAACCAACCUGUCCAUAUUGGUAGACUCAAGUAUGUUAUUUUUGCAAAAGGUGCCUCUGAAUGAGGGUGAAUACGACCACUUAAUUAUUAGUUUAUAUUUACUUGUAGUACAUAAAUAUUAGUUUUAUUUUGACAUUAGAUUUUCUGUUUAUAUGUACCAAAAAUUUCAGUUCAACCACUGUUAUUUAAUAUAAAAUAAAACAUUAAAAAGUCAAAGGAGGUUUAUGGACCAUCAUACGUGCAUACUUUUAUAACAGACAAGUUAUAAAAUUGUUAUAAUGGUAAAGACACAUCUGCAGUACAAGACAAUGACUGCUCUGUGUAUUUACUGAAAUGUUUAAUGAUGUACAUAGUAAAAUUAUUAGCAUUUUGUGCGUAAGAUUUGUUUUGCAAAUGGCUUGACAUUAAAUUUGUUUGCAAAUA